ACCUGGCAACCGUUCAGCCUCGAGCCAAACUGGUUCCGGUACCACGUGUUCUUCCUCUUGUCUGACAGAGAGACAGAACGUCCCUCCGUAGUCUUCGCGUUCUUAUAUAUAGUACACGGUUUCAUAAUAGCGAGCACACGGCGAGCAGCUCUCACAGCCUGCCAGGGCCAGAUUGUAAACUGUGGGACAAGGUAGAAACUCUGGGGAUUUUAGGUUUGUCUCCCCAUGACAACGUGUCACCAUGGUGACCGCGGCUCCAAUGGUGAUGCCAAGCGGUGCACCUCUGAUGACGAGGACGCAGAGUUCACCGAGCUUGGGCCGCUGCUGACACAUCCAGCUGAAGUAGAGAAAUCCAGAGGUGCAUCAGCAUUCCCUGAUGAGGAUGAGAACGAGGAUGAAGAACAAGGAUUGCGGGUGGUUACACUGCCCAUGCAGGCACACCAUGCCAUGGAGAAGAUGGAGGAGUUUGUACACAAGGUAUGGGAAGGACGUUGGCGUGUUAUUCCAUACCAUCUCCUCCCAGAUUGGCUAAAGGAUAAUGAUUACCUGCUGCAGGGACACCGUCCACCCAUGCCGUCUUUCCGUGCCUGUUUUGGGAGCAUCUUUAGGAUUCACACAGAAACUGGAAACAUCUGGACACACCUGCUGGGCCUAAUUCUGUUCCUGUGCUUGGGCACAUUGACAAUGCUGCGGCCAAACGUUUCAUUCAUGGCACCCGUGCAGGAGAAAGUGGUGUUUGGGAUGUUCUUCCUUGGUGCAGUUCUUUGUUUGUCCUUCUCCUGGCUUUUUCACACUGUCUACUGCCACUCUGAAAAAGUCUCUAGGACUUUCUCCAAGCUGGAUUACUCUGGUAUUGCGUUGUUAAUCAUGGGCUCAUUCGUUCCAUGGCUGUACUACUCGUUUUACUGCUCUCCUCAGCCGCGGUUCAUCUAUCUCUCUGUUGUAUGUGUGCUGGGUGUUGCUGCUAUCGUUGUGGCCCAGUGGGACAGAUUCGCCACCCCUCGCCACCGGUCAACACGUGCAGGUGUUUUCAUGGGCCUUGGUCUGAGUGGGCUCAUUCCCACAAUGCAUUUUACCAUCGCAGAGGGUUUUGUGAAAGCAACAACAGUGGGUCAGAUGGGCUGGUUCUAUCUGAUGGGUGCCAUGUACAUUAGUGGAGCAUCACUUUAUGCAGCACGGAUACCUGAACGUUACUUCCCUGGCAAAUGUGACAUCUGGUUUCAGUCUCAUCAGAUAUUCCAUGUGCUGGUUGUCGCGGCGGCAUUUGUCCAUUUUUAUGGGAUCUCAAACCUGCAGGAGUUCCGUUAUGGACUGGAAGGAGGCUGCACAGAUGACACUCUGCUGUAAAAAAAAAAAAAAAAAAAAGGAAUAACUUGAACUUUGGCUUGUGCCUGCUCACUUCACAAUGACCUGGAUCCCACACAAUGCAGAUUUAAAGAUUUUUAGUAUCUCUUGAAGGAUUUUAACAUAUAUUUAAAUAAGGUGUUUAUUUGUUCAAAUGCUUAAAAGUCUUGAUAAAUGUGGUAGUCUUGUGUUUAUAUUGUUCUUUACUAUUUCACUGCAGCACAGAACAUUUGUUGUAAAUCACUGGAAUGAGUCAUAAAGCAUUACAGGGUUCUUUUUUAUUCUGACUGUUUUCUGGUCUAUUGGUUAGUGGUUCUGUACUUUAAGGAUUGUAGGGAAAACUCAUAUGAUCCAUGCUUAGGUCUCAGUUUUCUCAAACAUGUCUGCAUGAUCAUUCAUUAACUUUUUAUCUGAAAUGCUUGACCCAUAGCUUCAGCAGUGGGAUUCAAGUUGGGAAAAAUUGUACCUUUUGUUUGAGUGAACUUGGGAUUUCAUUCAAAAUACUUGCACUGGGUUUAAACGUUUUAAAAUAUUUUAAAAAAGCAAAAUAAAAAUGAAACCGCUAG